AAAGUCGGCAUGGAUAUGCACUGCUGUUUAUCGACCGAGGCAAUGGAAAAAAGGCGUAUCAAUGAGGAAAUUGACAAACAGUUGCGUCUGGAGAAAAAACGGUCUAAGCGCGAUCUCAAACUACUGCUAUUGGGGGCAUGCGAGUCCGGGAAGUCCACGUUCAUCAAACAGAUGCGUAUUAUCCACGGCAGCGGUUACUCGGACGAGGACAAGCGUGGGUACAUCAAGCUGGUUUUUCAGAACAUAUUCAUGGCCAUGCAGUCAAUGAUCAAGGCCAUGGAUAUGCUGAAGAUUUCCUAUGGUCAGGGAGAGCAUAGUGAACUGGCCGUUCUGGUGAUGAGCAUCGAUUACGAGACCGUUACCACGUUCGAGGAUCCAUACUUGAAUGCCAUCAAAACGCUUUGGGACGAUGCUGGCAUCCAGGAGUGCUAUAAUCGUCGUAGGGAAUAUCAGCUGACUGAUUCCACUGAAUAUUUCUUGGGUGACCUAGGUCGAAUUGAACAGGCUGAUUACUUGCCGACUGAGCAGGAUAUUCUGCGUGCUCGAGAGCCUACAUUUAAUAUUAACGUUUAUCCUUUUGAGUUGGAUGGCUAUGUGCUGAGCAUGGUGGAUGUCGCAGGACAGCGAACUGAGAGAAGAAAAUGGAUUCACUUUUUUUCGAACGUAACAUCGAUUAUAUUUUUGGCAGCAUUGUCAGAAUAUGAUCAGUUCAUGAUGGAAUCCGAAAACGAUGUAUAACUUAAAGGCAUUUUA